CGCCGCCGCCGCCCAAAGGAUGCCGGGAGCUCCCGGAGCCCGCGCCGGUCCUUUUCGCCUGUUCAAGCCCGGCCAAUGGAGCGCCGAGUGCGGGCCGCUCCGCUAGGCUCGACUAGCCGCUCGCCGAACGCACCCACCCCCACCCCAUCUACGUCCCCCGGCCCCGUCGCCGACCUCAGUGCGCGACCUGAAACCGCGCCGGGAGUUCGCGACGCGGAGUGCGCGUGCGCGAGUCGGCCGGGUCGCACCUGGGAGAGCGCGUUGGGUACGCGGAGCUGGGGACGCGGUGCGGCGUGGCGGGGUCGGGACUGGCCGUGACACGAGGCGGGCGGGCGUGGCGCGGGCUCGGGGGCCGAGGCCCCGGAGGAGAACGCCGGAAAUGGACUUCCUGAGGCUUGCCCGGCUCGUCUCCAGCCCCCGCCCAGGGGGACUGCCCAUCAUGCGCCACCUUGACCCUCUCAGAGCCAGGUGGGCUGGAGGUAGGGCCGCAGGGGGGGUUUGGCCCGCGCCAGCAGCCUUCUCCAGCUCUCUCUCUCAGCUGCCCCUCGGCUCGCAGAGCCAGAAGAACACAGGCAGCCUCAGCUCUGACCCCGGCCAGCCCAGCCCUACGGCCACCCAGGAAGAAGGGGAGGAAGAGAGCUUUGGGACUCUCUCCGACAAAUACUCCUCUCGGAGAAUGUUCCACAAAUCGACGGCCCAGCUGUAUAACCUGCGGCUCAAGGAACAGAAUACUGAAGAAGAUGAGGAAGGGGAGCUGGAACCAAAACCAUGGCGGGGCCCCAGAAACACCCCUUACUGGUACUUCUUUCAGUGCAAACGCCUGAUCAGGGAAGGAAAGCUGGCCGAGGCCCUGGACCUGUUUGAGAGGCAGAUGCUGAAGGAGGAGCACCUCCAGCCCCUCGAGUGCAACUACACAGUGCUGAUCGGGGGCUGCGGGCGGGCCGGCUACCUGAAGAAGGCCUUCAGGCUCUACAACGAUAUGAAGAAGCGGGACCUGGAGCCCUCAGACGCCACCUACACAGCCCUGUUCAACGUUUGCGCCGAGUCCCCCUGGAAAGACUCCGCACUGCAGAGCGCCCUGAAGCUACGGCAGCAGCUUCAGGCCAGAAACUUCCAACUCAACUUGAAAACGUACCAUGCCCUGCUGAAGAUGGCCGCCCUGUGCGCGGACCUCAGGACGUGCCUGGAUGUGUUUAAGGAAAUCAUCCAGAAAGGGCACGUGGUCACAGAGGAGACCUUCAGUUACCUGCUCAUGGGCUGCAUCCAGGACAAGAAGACUGGCUUCCGGUACGCCCUACAGGUAUGGAGGCAGAUGCUGAGUCUGGGGCUCCAGCCGAGCCGGCAUGGCUACAACUUGCUGUUGGUGGCAGCUCGGGACUGCGGGCUGGGGGACCCGGCGGUGGCCUCAGCGGUGCUCCUGAGGCCCAGGGAGGAGAUAGCCUUGCUCCAGACCCCGGCCGGGGGGCGGCGGACCAGGAGGAGAGCCCAGGUCGGGGCAGACUGCAGCCUGUCAGCCAAGCUGCACGUGGAGGCCCUGGAGAGGCAGCUGUUUCUGGAAACUUCUCAGGCACUUGAGGGGCCUCAGGAGGCCAGAGCCCCCAAGCAGGCCCAGUCUGGGAUGGAGACCAAGGCGGAGCCCGACCACCUGGUGGCCCUCACCUCUGUGGCCCCGGAGCCGCCUCCCUGGGGGCUGGAGGCCAACCUCCUGACCCCGGGGGCGGCCCCCUUGGCUGUGGUCUCCUUUGGGACCGUGAGCACCCCUGCCGACAGACUGGCCUUGAUGGGGGGCCUGGAGGGCUUCCUCGGCAAGAUGGCGGAGCACGGGCUUCGCCCUGACAUCAAAACCCUCACGCUGCUGGUGGAGGUGGUGGAGCCGGGGAGCCCCGCAGAGUCCUCGCUGCUUAGCGUGCUGGACGCGCACAGGGUGGAGGCCGACCUGACCUUCUUCAACACGCUGAUGAGGAAGAAGAGCAAGCUGGGUGACCUGGAGGGGGCAAAGGCCCUGCUGCCCGUCCUGGCAAAGAGGGGCAUCGUCCCCAACCUGCAGACGUUCUGCAGCCUGGCCAUCGGGUGUCGCAGGCCAGAGGACGGCCUGCAGCUGCUCUCGGACAUGAGGGAGUCCCAGAUGAGCCCCAACGCCCACAUCUACAGCACCCUCAUCAAUGCGGCUGUCAAGAAGCUGGACUACGCCUAUCUCAUUGACAUCCUGAAGGACAUGAGGCGGAACAGAGUCCCCGUGAAUGAAGUGGUCAUCCGCCAGCUGGAGUUCGCGGCCCAGUACCCACCCAGCUUUGACCGGUACAAAGGGAAAAACACCUACUUGGAGAAGAUUGAUGGCUUCCGGGCUUAUUACAAGCAGUGGCUGAAAGGGAUGCCAGCGGAGGAAACCCCCCACCCAUGGCAGAAGUUCCAGACGAAACCAAAAGGAGACCAGGACACCAUCACUGAGGCUGAUAUGGACAAAGGCCCUGGGGGCAGGUGAGGAGGAGGUCCUAGGAGACCCCCAGCAGAGCCGGAACAAAGUGCACAGCCUUCAUGGGGCUCUGUGGGAACCCCGAGUCCCCUUCACGUGAAAGACACUGAGUGUGCCGGGGCAGCUGCAAGCACGAGGGCAAGUCCAGGGUCAGGGCUCCAGCUCAGGCAUCGGCCUGAGGACGACUGCUGGCCCAGGUGCCCAACAAGGUCAUGGCAAGCGCCAGAGCAGCAGGGGCCGCCUUGGUCCGUCAUCUCAGGCCAUGCCCGUCUGAGGGUGACAACGAGGAGGGUGAGUUUGCUCCAGGUCACAUAACACGGGUGAGGAGGAGUCGGGAUCGAGUCCUAAGGGCGACUAGUCUCCGGGGCCUGGUGCUGUCCCCUGGGUGCCAGACCGCUGGCUCUAAGAAGGGACGCGAAGCCCAAAAGCUUUAGUUUUUUUUAUUUCUACAAAUCACAGCUGAUGAACACCAAAACCUUCCCACAGAGAGACCAUGCUCCUAGUCGGGCCUGGGGACCACUCUGAGGAAGAGAUGCUCCCAGGAAAGGGUGGCGUGACGGGCAGAGUCCUGCGCGGCCCAGAGUCCGGGGUGGGUGGAGGUCGGGGCCUGAUGCUCAGCCAGAGCAGCCCCGGCAGCCACAGUGCGUGCACUCGAUGAUCCGGCCCUGUGGACAGAGGACCCCUGAGACCCUGUGCCCACAUACGGGGGCCCCCCAAGGGAAGCAUGGCCACGGGACACCCACUCCCCACGGACCCUGUGGACAGAGGACCCGAGACCCUGUGCCCACAUGCAGGAGCCCCCCAGAGGGAGGCAUGACCACGGAACACCCACUCCCCUUGGACCCUCCUCAGAAACCCUCCAUGAUGGUGUGGGAUGGGGAAAAUUCAGCUCCCUUGUGACGAUGAGAACAGCUGCUGUUGACAGUUAAAUUUCUAUGAGGAUUUAACUUCUACAAAUUCAAUGUACAUACUUGCCCCCAAAAAGGAAAAAAAAAAUCUCUGAUUCCUGUUA